GGCUUUGAUAAUUUCUAUUGUUAAGUUGGAUUCCCGUCAUUCCACAAUACAAAUUCUUAUAUACGGUCUGCCACACCGAAAAUUUCGCGUGUAGUCGGCCUAGUCUCAUUUGAAAUAAAAAGCCCAGCAAACAGUAACACGCUCCUCACUGUUACUAGAAUCAGUGCUAACACAAACCCGCCUCUCACACAAAGUCCACACCAUGGCUACUCCCUUUUCUCUCUCCUCUACUACAAUUUCACUCUCUUGUCCUUAUUCAUCUCUCAACUUCUCUCCUUCAAUCACUUUCGAAGCUUCAACAAUGGCAACACCGUAGAACUCCGUUGACGAUUCACGGAUUUGAAGUGGAUCAAACUGAAAACCCAGAAUCGAGAUUUUAUGUGCACCGAGAUCAAGUAAAUCGGAAUCUUCGAUCUAAUCCGAUUUGAUCAAAUUCCAAUCCGACUCUGAGUUAAAUUCACGUGAUAUGUCAGGCAAUGGGUGACAAAGAAGUAAGUGGCCUGAUUUAGUACCCCACACAAUUUAUGUGAGGAAGUAUACUUGUCAAUGGGUGAUUUAGUACCCCUAACUUUUGAAUCACAUAAUACUUUUCAAGUCUGCACUUCAAUUUAUUUUCUUUCAAAAAGAUAGGAUGAAUUUGUCCACAGAAAUGAGUCGAGAUCAAACACAGCAAGAAAUACCAGUAAAGGAAGAGGGCAUAGAAAAUCUUCUACAAAGCCUUCCAAACAACCUUCCAUUCAUCAAACACCAAGAUUUCUGGUUAUUUGAGUGGAAUCUCAAAAGUGUAAUUUCCUUUCAAAAACACUUUAUCGCUCAAGACAAUGAUAUCUUGAUUACAAGCAUCCCCAAAGCUGGUUCAACUUGGUUAAAGUCACUUCUCUUUGCUGUUGUAAACCGUCACAUUUCUGAAAACCCUCUACUCACAUAUCAUCCCCAAGAACUUGUAUACAAUCUAGAAGGUGAUGUUUAUAGUGAUGGCUUUGAUUACCCUCGCCCACAUCAUCUUAAUGAGCUCCCUUCACCUCGACUAUUGAGCACUCAUCUUCCCUACGCUUCCCUCACUGAAUCUAUCAAGACAUCUGGUUGUCGGAUUUUGUACAUUUGUCGAAACCCUUUCGACACACUUGUCUCCUUCUAUCACUUCUUUUGUGAGUCUAGGAAGAAGGCCAAGGGAGAAGACUACGUACCUCCGAGUCUAGAGGACAUGUUUGAGUAUUUUUGUGAUGGUAGAAUUUUGUAUGGGCCAUUCUUUGAUCAUGUUAUUGGGUUUUGGAAGGCGAGUUUAGAGCUACCAAAUAAGGUGUUGUUCCUUAAGUAUGAAGACUUUAAAGAUGAUCCUUCUUAUCAUUUGAAGAGGGUGGCUGAAUUUAUAGGUAUGCCUUUUUCUCAAGAAGAAGAGAGUGAUGGUGUUAUAAAACAGAUUAUUGAGUUUUGUAGCAUCAAGAAUAUGAAGGAGUUGGAGGUUAAUAAAAGUGGGGUAAUCAAUAAGAUCUUUGAGAAAAAGAGUUACUUCAGGAAAGGGGAAGUGGGGGAUUGGACUAAUUAUUUCACACAUGAUAUGGAAGAAAGGAUGAAGAAACUCAUGGAAGAUAAAAUUGAGGGUACUGGU